AAAUUUGUUUCGCAAUUGGUGAGUCGCCAAGUACACAUGGUACGUCCCGUGACGUCCAAAAGCCUUAUCACCAUGAUCACAAUGACAUUUGCCGGUAGAAUUGAAUCCUGCCGAAUAUGUUGUAGAUCGCCUACUAUCCGAAAGUGGUAAAUUCGACUUGGAACUGAUUUGUUUUCAACCGUGUAACCCUAAAUGACAACAUAAUUGAAUUGAGAACUGCUUGGGGUCAUAGCCAAAGUUGCAGCAAGGACAAAAUCCUUUGGGAUGGAGGAUGUUCAAGAUUGCACCCCCGUACUUCCUGACACAGCAUCCGGAAACGGUGAUGCUGAAAAAGAAGAAUCUCAGCCACUCGAGAAAAACAACUGCUGGGGCAAAUUAAUAUCUAUAAAAAGCACCCUAGAGUCAAAAGAAUUAACCGAUGACUGCUAUUCUGUGGGAAGGGCGCCGACGUGCGAUGUGAUAUUGAACAAAGGAAACAUCGGGGAUAAUUAUUUUUCCCAGAUUAGCAAAGUACACUUCAAGCUGUACCGGGGCGACUUGGGCGAACAUACGGGCCUGAUCUACCUUGAAGACGUCAGCUCAAAUGGGACUUUCAUCAAUGACAAGAAAGUUGGAAAGAAUAAAAAAAUCAUUCUAACAUCUGCUGAUGAAAUUUCACUCGCUCAUCCAAAAAAUAAGGUGUACUUCUUCGUAAAUAUGUCAAUCGAUAAAGAUAGAUGGCUGCCUACAACAAUAGGAAAUAAUUUUAUUGUACUAAAACAUCUCGGGACUGGUGGGUUUGGUGACGUAAAACUAGUAAUGAACAAGAAAAGUUUUCAACACUGUGCAAUAAAGAAACUACCAAAAGAGCUUGACGAUAAUACUAAAAUUUUCAACGAAAUCAACAUCCUAAAGAGGAUAAAUCAUCCUUGCGUUGUCAGGCUUGAAGACGUGGUCGAAACACAAGAAUCCGUCUGCAUAUUUUUAGAGUACAUGCCAAACGGGAAUCUUUUGAAGAAGAUCGUCUCCAAAAAGAAACUUUCAGAAACACAGACCAAAGUGAUAUUUUACCAGUUGAUGCUUGCCGUCGAGUACCUACACGAGGAGGGAAUCACACAUAGAGAUUUAAAGCCUGAAAAUAUUCUGUUAUCUUCUUGCGUCUCUCUCUGUACCGAAUCUGAACCGAUUUCACUGAUCAAAGUGACAGAUUUUGGAUUAUCAAAGGUCAUCAAUUCCCAGACGAAAAUGAAAACGGCAUGUGGGACUUUGCAAUACGCUGCGCCCGAGGUCGUUUUUGCCAAAUACAUCGGGCCUUAUAGCAAGAAAGUCGAUAUCUGGAGCCUCGGAGUUAUUCUUUAUGUCUGUUUAACUGGUAUGCUGCUGUUCGAUGAGGAAGAUAUAAGGGGAUUAUACGACCCGUUGCAAGUAAGUCGCAAAAUCAACGAAAACCUGCACAAUUCUCUAUGCGCCAAGGAUAUCAUCUCUAAAAUGAUCAAAGUGAAAGCUAGCCUAAGGAUCAACACUCCUGAAAUUUUCAACCACCCCUGGUUGCAGGAUAGACAGAUGAUUGAGAAAGUAAAUUCAGUCUUAAAUGUCCAGAGAGUAAAAGGUAACAAUGUUAAAAAAAGAGAGACCGAUUUUGAUUUGUUUCUAACAACAAAGAAAGAAAAAGUUACCAGUUCUUAAACAAAGCUGUGAUAUGUUUU